AACAAUCAUUGUUCUUCGGAUUUUAUUAUUAAAACUUUUCGUCUUUCGUUUUAGAUAACGCGGUUGAAAUGAAAAACAGCUUGUGGGCUGUUUAUCAACAAUUUGUGCGUGUAACUGAGAAUCGCUCUGACGAAAACUAAACCAUGAGCGCCAACAACGAUGCGCCAGACAAGCAGAAAGGCGAUAAGUCGCAGGACAUCUUUCCACUGAACAUCAAGAUCAAACAGGAGAAAACCACCAGCUAUGAGGAUUCGAGCAAAUCUGAAACGGUAGACAAAUUGUCGAUCGAUGUAAAUCUGAAGAACAUUUUCUCGACCACUAUCACCAGCUGCAGCGGCACGGAAAAAAGCUCGGAAAAAGUGGUGGACGUGAAGCCUGCGAUCGAACCACUGAAAUCGUCCAACGAAAUCCUCACAGAACUUUUCCGAGUGUUCAAUGCUGCCCCACCGGAAAUUAUAGAAGAUGACUCCAACGAUGCCGUAGAGCAGGAAAAGAAAAAGAAGAAACACAAACACAAGAAAAAAACCAAAAAGAAAAAGGGGAGUGAAAGUGACUCCGGUGAAGAGGAAGUUGAGCAUCCAGCUGAAGAUGGUGAGAAACGGGUAAAAAAGAAGAAAAUCAAGAAAGAAAAAGACCGUGACCGAAAACGUGAAAAGCACAAGCGAAGUAAACACCGGAUUGGUGAAACGUUACUGGUGACGGUGAAGCAGGAACCUGUAGACGAUGUUGACAAAGCUUCAAAACAACGCGACGAUGAAAAGUUGAAAGAAAACGGUAAAACAAAGGAAGCAAAACCCGAGGAAACUAAACAACCUUUGAAGAGCAAGAUACAAAUCAAAAGCCUGAAGGAUAGCGCUAUUUUCAAGGAACUUGCGACUAGUUCUUCUCAACCAACAGAACGUCAUCAUGAGCGACACCAUCACGAACGUGAUAAACCUUCGCAUCAUAAAUUGUCCCGGAGCGAUCUGCGCAAACGGAGGACUUCUGAGACAGAAUUUUCGAUGUCGGAUGACGAUGAGAACAAAAAAGGAAGGUACUAUGAUUUCUAUCAAAAAAAGUACAACUCUUUCUAUGCUGGGUUUGAAGAAGAAAAUGAACGAAAAAGGCAAGACAGGAAGCGUGACCGACAUAGCGAGGAUCGCUCUAGACGUCAUCGUUCGAAUACGUUUUCCCGAUCACGUUCCCGCUCGCGCUCACGAUCCCACUCUACGGAGCAGAUAGAUAAGCAGAAGCUGCUCGAAAUUGCCCGCAAGAAUGCCAUCAAUAUGCUGAAAAAAGGAACCCUGCCGGGUGCUCAAAAUUUAGACGGGGAGUCCAAAGCAAAGCUUAUCUCGAAAAUGCAUGCCAGCGGAAAAAGCAUCGAAGAGCUGACCGCAUUCUGCAAGAAAAUUUCCCACAAGGACAAUGCGAACGAUCUGUCCAGCGUAUCAUCUGACGAGAGCGAUCACGAUGCGGACGGAGCAAACAAAGCGUUUCAUCAUCCAUUUCAACUGAAAGAAUCGGCUCCAAUUGUGAUGAACAUUCGCAAUGCUACCACAAUUCAGCCAAAGUCGGCCGAAGAGAAAAAGGCGCUACUAAUGCAGUUUCCAGUAUCAUCCGGGGCGCAUCAUCGCAGCUCGGAAACGGAAUGGAUUCCGGUGGAGCCGAAAAAGGCACUUCCAACAACCAAAGCUGCGUCAACCGUUGACUGCGGAGGCACUGGAGGUGGACCCAGCUUUGGAAACAAAACAAAACCGAAACCUAUCCUGCCACCUUCAUCCACGUUUGUGCCACAACAAAGCCCUGCGCCAGAUUUCUCUGUACCGCAAGCUUCGCCAUUAGUCCCAAGUAUAGUCCCUCCCCCUGCCCCUCCAGCGAUACCGCCACUAAUGCAACAGCAUGUUGGACAUAUGCCUGUGGCCCCGAUUGGUCCACCAUCCUACCCAUCGAACGAUACUGUUAUACCGUAUCAUUCGCCAUACCUUCCACCGGGAAAUUCGAAAAUGCCACAACACACGCACCCGACGCCUUCCCAUGUACAACCGUUCAACAAUGUGACUACACCAGAUACAUCGAUGAAUCUUCCUGUCGAUACCAGUAUUCCGCCGCCAAAUAUGAAUCCGCUAGGUGUUGCACAGCAUCAGGAAUCUCAACAAAGGCCACUGUUCACGCCUGGACUGGGAGCCUCCCACCCUCAUUCACAUUUAGGCCCGGGAUCGGACAACAUUUUUAACACCCAGUCCGAUGCACCCAUUAUCGACGUAUCGCAGAUUGUUAGUCAACGUUUGAAUGCAAUGCGCCGAUAAUCUGGAAGCAGCCGUCGCAAGCAUACUCUGCCCGAUUUGCCAUACGAUUUCGGAGCACUCGAACCGGUCAUUUGCCGUGAAAUCAUGGAGCUUCAUCAUCAGAAGCAUCACAAUGCGUAUGUCACGAAUCUGAACGCAGCUGAAGAACAGUUGCAGGAUGCUGUGGCCAAAAAGGAUGUCUCCAAGAUCAUUCAGCUUGGAAACGCGAUCAAGUUUAACGGAGGUGGUCACAUUAAUCACUCGAUCUUCUGGAAAAAUCUAUCUCCGGACCGUAGCGAUCCGUCGGCUGAUCUGCAGAAAGCACUGAAUCGUGAUUUCCAGAGUAUGGAAAAUUUCAAGAAGGAAAUGAAAGCUGCUGCCGUAGCUGUGCAGGGAUCUGGUUGGGCAUGGUUGGGCUAUAAUAAGAAGACAAAGCUGCUUCAAAUUGCCGCCUGUCCGAAUCAGGAUCCAUUGGAAGCAACCACAGGUCUUGUCCCACUAUUGGGCAUCGAUGUGUGGGAGCACGCUUACUAUCUUCAGUACAAAAACCUAAGACCCAACUACGUCGAUGCUGUAUUUGAUGUCGUCAACUGGAAGGAUGUCUCUGAACGGUUGGCAAAGGCCCAAUAAGAAUAACCACCGUCGUCCCUUAUCCGCGAAUAAUCGAACCCAGAAUUUGGUGUUUUCUAAAAACCUAUCUACAAUUCUGCACAUGUGUUUUCUAGUGGAUGAAAAAAACCGGUAGCUGUUCGAAAUGGAAAAAAAUAAUCAGCUUUAUCAGCAAUAACUAUGCCUUUAUCAAAU